AUGUGUUUCCUCUGCACAAGCGGGCGGUACAACCUCUGCAAAAACGUCGCUUUCCUCGGCGUAUACCCUACAAACGGUACUAUCCAACGGUACAAAACCCACCCAGCUCGAUACUGUCAUAAGCUGCCUCCCAAUGUUUCCUACGUCGAAGGCGCCCUGCUUGAACCGCUGUCUGUCGUCCUGCAGGCUGUUAAAUCCGCGGAUUUCUCGCUAGGUCGUGGGGCGCUCAUCUGCGGCGCUGGACCUAUUGGUCUUAUGGCCUUGGCUGCGGCGAGGGCAAGCGGUGCUCAUCCGCUUGUGAUUACGGAUUUGGAACCGGGGCGCUUGGUUUUUGCGCAGAAGUUUGUGCCGGCGGUAAAAACGUAUUUGGUGGAUAGGGGGCUGGAUGCGAAGGGGAAUGCGGAGAAAAUCCGGGUGUUGUUUGAAGGUGGGGGUGGGGGUGUGGGCGAAUAUGGGGCGCCGCAGACGGUGCUGGAGUGUACGGGGGCGAAGAGUAGUGUUGCUACUGCUGUGUAUGCGGCGAGGUUGGGUGGAACGAUCAAACUCAAGUUUAGUCAACGUUAUUGUGAUACUUGGCCAGCGGGUCUACAGUGUCUUGCUGGUGGUAUCGUAGAUCUUAAACCAAUGGUUACCCACACAUUUCCGUUGGAGAAGGCGGUUGACGCACUGCAUAUAUGUGGAGACUAUGGUAAUGGUAGUGUAAAGGUGCAAAUUGUUGAUGAAGUAGAUGACGUGCUGUGA